CAUCCCCACAGAGGCUGACAGGCAGACAAACAGAAAGACAGGCCUGAGAUGACGGAAGUGCGACGUCGGGGCUCGGCUCCCCCACCGGGACACUACCUGUGCGGAUUGGCCAACUGGCACCCGGCCUGGCUGCAGAAGUACGCCACCACGAAGAUGUUCAUGGGUGUCUACGGACUGCUAGGCACCAUCCAAGCUAUGUCUUACAUGUAUUUUAUUGUUACACUGACCACGCUGGAGAAACGCUUCAAAAUACCGAGCCAGACUACAGGAAUCAUACUCAGUGGCAAUGAGAUCUCACAGAUAAUGUUGUCCCUCAUCUUAUCGUACAUUGGCGGACAGCGUAAUCGUCCGCGCUGGAUUGCCUGGGGCAUUGUCUUCUGCGGCCUGUCCUGCUACAUUCUCGUCCUGCCACAUUUCAUCUAUGGCGCUGGCCAGGAUGUCCUCCAGUUCACCAAGGAGUACCAGGAUAGCCUAAUUAAUAGCAACAUCGGAUUCUGGUAUUCCCCUCCCAGUGAGUGCCCAGUAAAUACCGCUCUCCCUAUAUAGACUAUAUUGUUUCUUCAACUCCACCAGAAUGUCACAUCAACGCAGAGCGAGCAACUGUGUGGCGUUGGAAAAAAGGAGGAGGGCUGCGAUGACCUCUUCACUUAUGUGCCCCUGGUCUUGAUCUUCCUCUCGCAGUUCGUCCUGGGCGUGGGCAAUACCCUGUACUACUCCCUUGGCCAGACCUAUCUGGAUGAUAACACCAAGAAGACAAACACCCCGCUGAUGCUCGCGGUAGCCAUGUCUCUGAGAAUGAUUGGUCCAGUCGUUGGCUUCUUCUUUGGUUAUAUCUCCCUAAACACCUUCAUUGACCCCACGAAGACCCCGCUGAUUGACAGCAAGGAUCCGCGCUGGUUGGGAGCUUGGUGGCUCGGCUGGGUCAUAUUGGGCACUUUGAUGUGUCUCUUCUCGGGUUUGAUCGGACUCUUUCCCAAGCAGCUGCCGAAGGUUAACGAUCCCAUCAAGCACAACUCCCACCUGCCUCUGGCCAUGCGCCACGAGGAGCUCAAGCGCGAGGAGAAUCUCUCGCUGAGCAGUCGCUUCUCCUCGAAUGCCGCCUUGGACAACAUUGGAGCCGGGGCCGGUGCGAAUGCGGAUCUGCCCAAGCUGAAAGACUUUCCCCGUGCCCUGAUGCGACUGUUGCGCAACAAGCUCCUGAUCUUCAACAUCACCUCGGCUGUCUUCUAUAUCCUCGGUGCCUCCGGCUUCAUGACUUUCCUCACCAAAUACAUGGAAGUGCAGUUCCACAAGAACUCACAGAGUGCCACCAUUGUGGUGGGUCCUGUGUCCAUUCUGGGCAUGGUCGUUGGCCUAAUUGGCUCUGGCCUUGUUCUGUCAAAGAAGAAGCCUGCAGUCAGCAAGGUGCUUAUGUGGAACGUGAUCGUGGGAUGUGUCUACAUCAUGGGACAGAUAUCCUAUGCCUUCCUCUACUGCCCAGACACCUUUUCCAUGACUCAUGUGGGCGGGCUCAACCUGACCAGUGCCUGCAACUCCAACUGCUCCUGCAGUGGUAUAAGCUACACCCCAGUCUGCCACGAGCCCACGGAUACCACAUACUUCGCCUGCCAUGCGGGCUGUCAGGGCUACAACGCCGAGUCGAAGCUCUACGAGAACUGCAGUUGUCUGGCAGAAGCUUGUGUAGUGCAGCCCAACGCCGCUCAGAGGCUGCUGAAACUACUGGAGCCUACCACUCAACCUCCACAACUGGACGAAACCACGGACUUCACGCUCAGUGGCAGUGUGCCGCUGCUCAAUGAUGAAAAUGACUUCGAAGAUCAGUUGCUGUCGCGAGUUCGUCGAUCCAGUCCAGAAGAGGUUAUUCGGGGCCGGGGGAUCUGCAUGCAAGGCUGCAACUGGAGCUUCUGGGUGUUCUCCAUAACCUCGAUGAUCGUCAAUUGGUUUGGGUCCUCUGGCCGUGUGGGAAAUGUGCUGGUCAACUACCGGGCGGUGGAGUCUGGGGACAAGUCCUUUGCCCAGGGAUUGGCACUGAUGAUGAUCAGUAUGUUUGCCUUGAUUCCGGGUCCGAUUAUAUUCGGGCGCCUCAUCGAUUCCACGUGUCUGGUGUGGACGAAGACCUGCAACGGCAAUGGCAAUUGCCAGCUGUACGAUCAGACGCGGUUCCUGUACUCCAUCAACUUUUUAUCCUGCUUACUCACCUUCAUUGGAAUGUUAUUUGAUUACCUGGUCUGGUACUACGGCCGGGACCUGGAUAUCUAUGGUGACAAGGAGGCUAAGCAGGUGGAGCGGGCCAACAGGAAGGACCAGCCCAUUACUCCCCUCCUGGCCAAGAAAUCCGAGAGGAUCCAAGAGGAAUACUAAAGCUAGAGCCAAUGCGUGAUACUCAAUUCUGAGGAAUAGGGUCCUAUAGGACAGGCGAGACCGAGAUCCUAACAUGAAACGAAAGGUAGAAGAAAUUUUUAGAGUAAGUAUCGGUAGAGCGAGAUCCGGCAAUGCCAUAAUUCCACCGCCAUAUGUACAAACCUCUCGCUGUCGUCUAGGAUAUUAUCCAUUUUGUUUAUUU